UAUUUUAAUAAUUUAUAAUAAUGUCUCUGUACCUUCACAGAAAGAGAUUAGAGAAUUCACAAAGAAACUACCUGAAUGGACUUUACGACAAGUUCGGAGGAAUCCCACAAGACCACAUGGAAGCUAUCAGACUCAGGAUGAACUUCUUUAGAACCUAUGUCCUUGAUAGAGACUCGGCCGACUAUAAAACAAACACUGAGAAAGACUGGUGCUAUGUUGCUAAAAGAGAGUACUGGUACGAUGUCAACGUUAGAGCAUUCUUCGACGGAUUUAUUCUAGGAGACGUAGCCUGUAUUAUGAGGAUGUUUAUGCUUAAAUAAAUUCGUAUGGUGGCCAUUGUUCCCAGUAAUGGGACUAGUUUACUUCUAUCGCGUAAACGAACUCUUUAUGAUUAACUCAAAGAAAUACUUUGACAUGUGCAACGUCGGAGAACAAUAUGAAGUAGGAUAUGCAAGAAAUGUUAUCCUCAGGGAGUGCAAUAGAAUUCUGGACAGAGAGGACUUCUAAA